UUGGAUCAUUAUUUUUGUUUUAGGUUUCAAGAUUUAUAUCAUUUGGAGGCUAGUUCCUGUACAAGAGAGUGAACCGUGUAGAUAAUUUUGUUUUACAAAGCCAGAGUGAUACUGCUUUAUUUUUAAAAAAUAGGGAAGAAUUUUUGGUGUGUAAAUGUAAGGUUCAGUUGACAUUCUACUUCACAAGAAACAUCUCAAAUUUCAGAAAGUGGAAUAUAUAAGAAAACAAGCGUGAAGAUGAUAGCACAUUGAAUGAAGGUGGAGCUAAGAUUUCUAUUUUAGGUACAAACUAAAGGAGAUUUUCUCAGAGUGGAGUCUAAGGUUCAGAUUUUGGAAUGAUUACCCCAUAUGCUGCACAGGUGCUAUAGAGUGUACCAUGUUGUCAGUUGUAUCAUUACUUUAGGUUUCCAUCCUGUUGACAAACUGACCAAUACAUGGAUUGUUUGCUCUUAUAAAUUUCAACUAUGUUUUGGUUGACUUACAAAAGAUGUUGAGAAGCAAUGAGGAUAUAAACUGGGAAAUUGAUGUUUUGAGACCAUGUUGCACCCACUCUCCUAGUGUUGGUGCCAGGGCUUGUGAUGGACUUUGGAAGGUGUCGAUGUCUGGGAAGUCAAAACCUAAUGACCAAGUGGAGGAAGAAAGAGUUGGUACUGUAGCAAAAUAUUGGCACCUAUUUCUCAAGGCUCAAGGAUCGAUCAUGUCUAGACCUCAGCUGACGACGGUCACUUGUGGUUUAUACAUGGUGUCAACACUCAGAACUCAAGUGUUGAGACCUUUAGUUGCUGACAGCCUGACAGCCUUUUUAUGUAUGUUAUACUUGUACCCAUACAUUAUAUGCUGAUCAUCUUUAUAGGGGAUGAUUUUGAUCUGGACUAUGUCCCAAGGUUUUUUCUGAUUUGGGUUUUCCAAGUAAAAAUUUUGGUGUUGAUUCUCUUUACUUUUCCGCAAUUACUUUUGGGGAUUUGAUUACUAGUGGUUAGUAACAAUGUCUUACUGUGUUUCCUUAAUAAGUUUACAGAGAUGGA